CAGGGACGCUGUGUCACCCAGUUCAUUACACCGUACAGGGCCUUCUGCCUCACACACAGCCCAGAACAGGCAGUGGAGGCGACUCCAGAGCCGGGCACCGAAUGUCUCAUCUGCAUGGAGCCUGUGGAGCACAGAAAGACCUUCAAUACCAUGGUGUGCCCAGCCUGCAAAACCACCUGGUUCCACAGGGACUGCAUCCAAGGACAGGCUCUGAGCUCUGGUAUUUUAUCCUUUCAGUGCCCCCUCUGCAGAAAUAUUGACACAUUUGUCAAGGAUAUGUUCACCAUGGGGAUCCGAAUGCCCUUGAGACCACCAGGAGGGGAGGGCUUUAAUACAUUCGCCGAGCCAGGAGACAGACACAGGCACUGCGAUACCAGUGAGUGCCUUUGUCCAGGAGGCAGGCAGGAGGCAGAGGAGGAGGAGCCCUGGGAACUGCUUCUGUGCUCCUCCUGUGCUGCUGAGAGCACCCAAAGACACUGCUGUGGCCUGAGGGACAGCCUAACCAGCUGGGAAUGUGAUGGCUGUGCAGUCCUGGGCACAGCCCCCAUGGAAGAGCCUGAGCUUUACGGCCCCAACCUGUCCACACAGUCGGGAUUGGAGCCUUCCCAUGAACCCGGGUCCAUCAGCCCCGGCACUGGUAACCAGGUGCCAUCGGGGAUGUCUCCCAGUUCUCCAGCACCAGAGACCAGCAACCCCAGCUCUGAUCAACAGGCAACAUCAGAGCAGUCUCUGCAAUCUCCCUCACAGGAGACGAGCAGCCCCAGCACUGAAAGCCAGGUGAAAUCAGACUCCUCCCACAGCAGCUCCUCAGAACCUGAGGUCAGCAGCUGCUCCAGCAGUCCUUGGCCUGACCUGACACAAAACCGCUUGUGCCAGCAACGUCGGACCCCGUUUCAUAUGGCCGGUCCUGGACUCCUCAUGACAGUAACUGCACGUCACAUCGAGUUCUGAGAGGCAAAACUCAAGGGAGACACAGCAGCAAGGACAUUCUGAAGGCAAAACCACGCCCACCAGGAGUGUCAGACCCCAAAUCCACAGAGCCUGUCCCAAAGUCUCCAUGACAGGAGCCAUGAGCCAGCACCAAGUCCUGGGAGACGCAGGCCCAGGCAGACACAAACAGGGACAUUCUGCAAGCGAAACCGCUUCUGGCAGCAAUAUCAGACCCCCAAUACGCAGAGCCAGUCCAGAAGUCAUCGUGACAGGAGCCACGUGAGAUCACCAAGGGCUGGGAGGUGCAACAGCGGCCAGGAAGCAUCGAGGACAUCCCAAAGACAAAACCAGUCCCGCCGGCAAUGUCGGACCCCAAAUUAAUGCAGCCAAUCCAGAAGUUGCCGUGACAGGAGCCGUGUGGCAGCCCCAAGUGCUGGGAGAUGCACCCCCAGCCAGGAAACAUCAAGGACAUCACACACGUGAAACUGGUUCUGUCAGCAACUUAUCAAAUCUCUUCAAUAAAUGUAUAGGACUGCUUUUUAAAAUA